CUUAGCAACGGGUACAUCCGGUCCGACUGUGCUUUGAUUCCCCCACAUUCGCUGUGCAUGUGUUCAGGUAGUUGCAAAAAUGAGGAACGUGGGCAUUGACGAUGAGUGCUUGUAUCUGGAGAUUUCUAACUAUAUGGAAGACAGGAUUUUUCCUCUGCACACAUCCAUUGUUUUAUUUCUCAUGUCCUAUUGUGACACUACAUCUUUAAAAGUGUUCCUUGUGCCAAAUAAGAACGUUGCUGAUUGUACCUUAUGGAUGAAAAAGGUUCCGGCCAACAUUCCUGCGUCUAUCAUUUCAGACCAGGAACUCCCUCAUGUGGUGCAAAGUUGUCGUUUACCAGCUGUGGUGGAAAAGAAUGGGAAUUUUUGUCGAGCAGGCCUUGCUGUGGUUUUGAGAUAUAUUAUUCACAAAACUUGUGAAGCUGACUGCAAUCGCAAGGAUAUCUCCGAGCUACUUGGUUUUAAAAAGACAUGUUUAAAGGCCUGUGCUGAGGUGAGCCAGUGGACCAAGUUGUGUGAAAUUAGCAUUCCACUCGCUGUGGAGAGUUUCCUUGGGAAUAGCCAUGGCCAUCAAAACAUUCCACAUGAGAUACUACACUUGGAGCAGAAACUUAGGGAACCUGUCCAUGUUCACAAUGAUGAUAAGAUUCGUAGGCAGAAACUGCAAGAGUGGACCAAGAACAAAAAUAAAGAAUCUUUUAUAAAGGAAUUUGAUAGAGGAGCUGGCAGUUGCGAUGAAGGAGUGGACAUAACUAAAGAUUUAAUUGAGGAAAACUUGGAUACUGAGAAGACAAACCUUGAGCUGAGAAGUGCACUUUCUAAACUUACAGUGGAGCAGAUUCCAGCUGUGACCAGCAGGGAGCAGUCCUGUAUUAGAAAAGUGAAAACCACUGAUCUUCCACCUCUAGAACAUGUGUUUGCUGAAGGGCUUUACUUCACUCUCACAGACAUAGUCCUAUUUCCUUGUCUUCACUACUUUUUUGAUUCUCUUGGGGACUGUCAAGAACAGAUGCUGAAAGCUUUGCCUUUGCUCUCCCGUUGGUACCGACAUGUACAGGAAGUACCUGGAGUGAAGAAAGCUGCUGUCAGUUGUGGAAUUCGUUUUCUCAACCUUCCUGCAACUUCGCCUUCUUCCAGCAUGCUGACUCCAAGCUCCAGUGAUCGUAAGGACAAGAAUACUGAAACCACAGACCCCCAUUUCCGAGGUGGCCCAAGACCCACCAUGAACAAGCUUGAAGAGAAUGGAAUUUCAGCAAGAUUCACCUCUCACCCUUUUCCCUUGUUGAGUCAGAAUUGGAGCAGCUUUCCCUUAUCUGCUCAUCCCAUAGAAGGAAAUCUCAGCUCUGAGCGUGCCCUAAGGAAGCAGCAACAGUUAGACAACAUAAUCUCCAUUGUGACAAAGUUGGCCAAACCUGGUGAUACAAUCGUUGAUUUCUGCAGUGGCGGGGGGCACCUUGGAAUUGUCCUAGCUCAUACCUUGUCGUCAUGCCAGGUGAUUUUAGUGGAAAACAAAGAAGAAUCAUUAGUGCGUGCUAGAGACAGAUGUGAUGUCCUUGGAUUACAAAACAUCUGGUUUCUGCAGACAAACCUAGAUUACUUCACAGGACCUUUUCAAAUUGGCGUGGCACUUCAUGCAUGUGGGGUGGCGACAGACAUGGUCAUUGAUCAUUGUAUCAUGGCAAAUGCGGCAUUUGUAAUCUGUCCAUGUUGUUAUGGCUUCAUACAAAACACAGUCAAGUACACGUUCCCAAGAAGCCAAAAAUUCAAGAGUGUUUUGUCAUAUAAGGAACACAUGAUUCUGUGCAGGUUUGCAGAUCAGACAGCUGUUCAACUCCCUGCUGAGCGCCGGCUAAUAGGGAAGAACUGCAUGGGCCUUGUGGAUCUGGACCGAGCCUGGUCUGCAGAGGAACAUGGGUACAAGGUCUAUGUGACAUCCAUGGAACCAGACAGCUGUUCACCAAAAAACAACCUGAUAGUGGGUAGUUGUUCAGUCUAAAGUCUUAGUUUAACUACAUAAUAGCCCGAAGACAACAAAUAAACUGCUCUGCCAUCAAGAAAGAUGAGCUGUUUCAUUGUGUGUAACCUGAUGUCAGUCAACGUUUUACCAUUAUAAAAUUUAAAAUGCUGGAAUUUUAAAAUCAAGCAAACGCUGAAAAUCAAGUAACAUCUGUGAAAAGAGCAGCAGAGUUAAUGUUUCAAGUUUGUAAUCAGUUCUGAUGAAUGAUUUACAGUCUGACUUUUUAACUCUUUCUCUCUUUCUACAAAUGCUGCCUGACCUGGUUAGUAUUUUGAACAAUUUCUGUUUUCAGAUUUCUAGCAUCCACUUUACUUUUAGUUCUUCCUUUUUCCAUACUCAACAGCAGCAGCGAUGAGGUCAUGAGUCAUUGCUUAUGGUGGAAUAUCCCUACACCUAUGGUUUCCCACAAUGACUUAAGUGUAACUAUGGAAAAUAACCUUUGAUUGCACAAUCUGACAUAUUUUAACAAAGAAGCCUCUCCCCUUCACUGCACUUCACUGCCUUUUAAACUACUAUUCUAUGAAUUGACUGAUAAAUAGAAGUAACUAAACUAUUAAGUAUAAUUGGGAAUAUUUAGAUACUUUUCCUGAUUUAUUGCAUGUUAUAAUUAUUUGGAUUAUAAAAUUCACACUCUUCCUAUGUAUUUCAACCAACAAAAUAACAGAAUCAGAAAAUAUGAUCUAGUAGAAGUUGAAAAUCUGAGAAUGUACUUGAGAAGGACGCUGCUAAUGGAUUAUUGUGGGCAUGUUUCUGCUUCCUCAGUGAACUGCAUGCUGCUGAGGAUUCUGUGAAGUCAUCCCAUCUCAAUAUUUCAACUUUGGUAAAAGCAGAGUGUUAUUUUCUAGCUGUUUAUUUUUUUUCUGAAUGCUUUCUUUUGUAAGAUAAUGUAUUUUUAGCACGGACAAACACUUGGAAUCAAUGUUAGGUAGGUAAAACUAACAUAUUUUUAAGAAGUUUUAAGAAAGUAAUAUAGCUCUAAUAUAGAUAGACAUAAUUCACAAUAUUCUUGAUAUUUCCAGAAUUGUUCUGAUAUUAUGGAAUUUGAUUCUAGCCAAGGGCUAUGUAUGAUUAACAACUUGAGUGUUUCAAGUGAAUUGCCAUUACUUUGUAAUAAUGUCUAUUAAUAUUAGUCAUUAAUAUUAGUUGUUUUCCUUGGGAUCACUAGAUCCUCCUCUGAAAAUUUCAAAACCCCAUCUAAAUAUUUUGAUUAAACAGCCACUUGGAAAGCAACAAUGCAGAUUGUUUCAGUUUAUUGAACGGGUAUAUGUGUAUUAACCUAGAUGAAGAUGAAGUUAAAAUUUAAUAUUUAUAUUUAAAAUCAAUAGCCUACUACGUUAUGUAAUAUAUUGCACACCAACAAAAUAUGACGUUCUCGUGUUCACAAAAGUUUGCAUUAUACUUGAACUACCCAUAUGUAUUCAUAUCCAAAAAAAUUGCAAGCAAAAUUUUGCUUCAGAAGUUGCACAAAAUAAUUUAAGGAAAUACUGAAUAUCCAAGAUACUAAACAAUAUUUAUUUUCAAAAGGUUAAACUAUAACCUAUAGUUUAACCUUUUUUUAUACUUCCGGAGUGACUUGGGAACAGUGAUCUUGUGCAACACAGUUCGAUGGAUGUGAUUACAUAUUCCUGUUUCAGCUCGAUGCAGCUGAGAAUCACAAUUGCUUCCAAGGUCUGUACACUUAAUGAAAAUGUCUUAAUAUGAUUGAAUAAACUUUUUCUGCUUAA